AUGAGCAAAAUGAUGGAAGCAGGCAGAAUGGCUAUACGUGCGAAAAUUUUCGGUUAUAAUAGCAUGGUCCCUGAAAUUGGAAAAAGAAAUUUUGCUAGUGACAACUUAAGGUCUUUAUCCCUUCGUAUGAAAUCAAUUAAGUCGAUCCAGAAAAUAACAAAGGCUAUGAAGAUGGUUGCUGCUUCAAAAUUUAAAGGCGAUCAAAAACGAUUAGAAAAUUGCAAAUAUUUUUCAACUCCAUUAGCUGAUAUAUUUAAUAGAUUAAACCAAUUGGAUAUCCAUAAAAAAAAUGAAGAUUUAGCUAUAAUAGCUAUAUCAUCAGAUAAAGGUUUAUGUGGUAGUGUAAAUUCAUCGAUAUCAAGAAUAUGUAAAAAUAUUUUAGAAAAUGAUCAAAUAGACAAUGAGCUUGUUAAUAACAUUUCACCAAAUAAAAUAUCAUUAUACGGAAUAGGCGAAAAAAUAAAAUCGGCUUUAAGUAGAUUACAUAGUGAUAAAUUUGAAGCUGUUUAUAGUGAAUAUAAUAAGAUACCAAUCAAUUUUAUGACUUGUUCAUAUAUUGCUGAAUCUAUAUUAAAAAAAAAUCAUACGAAUUUACUUAUUGUAUACAACAAUUUUAAAUCUGCUAUUUCAUUUGAUACUAAAAUUUUAAGUAUUUUUUCCCAAAAACAAUUAAACAAAAUUAACAAAAAAGAGUUAGCGACUUUCGAAUUCGAACCUGAACUCGAUUAUAUUUUUAAGGAUGUUUACGAGUUUUAUUUUACAUCUAUAAUAUAUAAUUGUAUAAUUGAAAACCUCGCCUCUGAGCAAUCUGCUAGAAUGACAGCAAUGGACAAUGCAUCAUCGAGUGCUACGGAUAUGCUCGGUGCUCUAUCCCUACGAUAUAACAGAGCCAGACAGUCGAAAAUCACCCUAGAACUCAUUGAAAUUAUAUCUGGUGCCAAUGCCUUAUAA